AACAGUUAGAAUGCUAUUUAAAGUUUGUCGUUGAACUUAUUUAAUAAAUUCAUUUAAUAUUGUAUUUUAAGUUAAAUGGCUAAUUCAUUUUAUUUGUUUAAUUUAUUAACAUGAUGGCCAAGGUGAAUACUGAUCUGUUUAAUAAGUUUCAAAGUGCGAUAAAGUUGCCCCUAAGACAAGGAGGUGACGGAAGUGAAACAGAGGUGGAUAUUCGUGAAGAUGAGGAACAAUCAGUUAAACUACAAGAAAUUAUUGAUCUGCUUGUUGCAGCUGGUUAUUUUCGUGCUAGGAUAAAGGGAUUGUCACCUUUUGAUAAGGUUGUUGGAGGAAUGACUUGGUGUAUUCAGUCAUGUAAUAUUGAUGUUGAUGUUGAUUUAUUAUUUCAAGAGAAUUCAACAAUAGGACAAAAAAUAGCAUUAACAGAGAAAAUAGUUGCUGUGCUACAAAAAAUGAAGUGCCCAUAUAGAAUUGAACCACAUCAAAUUCAAGGAUUGGAUUUUAUACACAUAUUUCCUGUUAUUCAAUGGCUUGUAAAAAGGUCAAUGGAAUUCAGGCAAGAAAUGGCUGCUUUUGUGAGGUCUUAUGCAGUUAAUCAAUUUGAGAAAGAGUUUCCUAGUGCAAAAGAGGAUCCCAAAAAGGAUAUAUUAGAAAACAUAAAAAAGGUUCAGGAAGUUUAUAGACCUCGUCGUAUUUACAAGAGGAAGAAUGCUUUGCCAGAUGAUCUCAAUACCAGAUUAUUAAUAACUUUAUUAGAAUAUGGAGUGCAGGGAAAAACUGAGGCAGGAAAUAUCCAAGAAUCAACAGAAGGAAAUACAUUGGAAAAGCAAGAUAUUGCUGAGCAUUCUAUUGAAGUACUUUUAAAUAAUUUGACUUUAAUGCAAGAGGACGUGACCGAAAAUUUCUCAUUCAAUGAUGUACAAAAAACAGAACUUGCCAAACAUUAUGCUGCCUUUCAAAAUGAACUAAAGCUUGAAGGAACUCAGACUAGACAGGAAGAUGCUAUUUUGACUUUAAAAGAACAGAAAAAGGUUUUAGAAGAUGAGUAUGCCAAUCUCACAAAGAAACAUUCUGACUUGCAAAAUGAAAUAAUUGAAGUUAAUAAUAAAUUGAAAGAAAUAUUAGAAAACCAAAAACAAUCCUCGAAAAUUUUGAAAGAUAUGGAAACUGGCAUUCAAGAAAACCCUGAGACAUUAAAGGAAACGGAAGAUCUAGUCAUUUUAGGUGAGAAAUUAAGAAAUCAAGAGCUACAGUUUAGAGAAUACUGCAAACAAGAAUUAGUAAGGCUGCAAAAUAUGAUUGAAGAAACUAAAGCCUCAAAACAAGAAGUUUCCGGUACAACUCAUUUAAACAAAGAAUUACAAAUGGAAGAAGAAAAGCUUAAAGAGUUGAGAUUGAAAUUAGCAAAGAAAAAUCGCGAGGUAGCAGCUUUACAGAGGAAAUUAGAUGAGGUACCAACUAGUGCAGAACUGGCUCAAUACCAAAGGAGAUUUUUAGAACUUUAUAAUGAAGUUUCAGCGAAACAUAAAGAAACAAAACAAUAUUAUACUUUAUAUAACACUCUAGAAGACACGAGGCUUUAUAUUAAGAAUGAAUUAUCGUUAUUAAAUUCAAUAUCAGAUUCAUAUCCAGAGGCCUUGGUUUCAAAUAGUGCAAAAGAAGAAUUCUUACGUCAGUUGGAAAAUAUAGUUGCUGGCGUUAAACAGUCAAGGUGUAAAGUAGAAAGUAAACUUGUUGAAGAGAAACACAAAAGAGACGAAUUGACCUACUCAUUGCAAUCAUUGGUGGACCAACAGCGUAGAUAUGUGUCUGUAGUGAGACAAUUGGGCGUUGAAUGUAGGAAACACGAAAUCCUCUUAUCGCAAAUACAGUCUUAGAGAUUAUUUUCUAAAAAUAUGUGAUAUAAUUGUGCCUGAUUUAUUUAUUUGAAAAACGAUAAGUCCUUAGUUAUAUUACGUACGUAAAGUACGCAGUUAUUGCUUUAAUUUUAUUAUCGUUGUUGCUAUGUGUGGAUGUAUGUAAGGAAUCUUUUGCUAAAAAUUUUAUAUGCUCAAUAUAUUGGAAUUACUAUUAAUGAUGUAAUUUAAUUGCCCUAAAAAAUAUAACAAUAAAACAAG